UUGGUUCAAGCUGAUUGCAUAUUUACAAAGGAAGUGGACCAGGAGUGAUCGAGGAUUUGGGCCAAUAGAAUCGACGCCGGAUUUUAGCAGGGCACGUUUCCAUUCUUCCGAAAUUUCGAAGUGAAUUUUGAUCGCCUGAAAUAAUGUCCAACCUGGAGGACCGUGCCGAUUCGGAGAGCGACUGCAGUGACGACGAAGAUUACGUUCCAGAAGGAGAACUGAAUGAGCUCUCGGAAGAAUCGAAGUCCGGGGAUGAAGAGGAAGGCGCAGAGAAUUCAGACAAUGACGCCGAAACGGGUCAAAAGAGGCGAUCCAAUAGCAAGAAAUUAAAAAAGCCAAGAAAAAAGGCUAAGGUGGAAGAAAGUGAGGAAAAGGCUGAGGAAGCGCCGGUCUGCAAGGAGGAGGAGAAAAAGCGAGCUGAAGACAUUUGGGCCGCGUUUAAGUUGGACACGGGCGGCUCUGUUAGCAAAACAGAAUCUAGUUGCACCGCCUCUGUGUCAAAGCCGGAAGAGCCAAGCAAAAGUGAUAGCAAGCGAGAGGAGAAAAAAGAGAAGGAGGAGCCGAAAUUUUUCGAGUUUGCAGGCGAAACACACGUACUGACUGGCCCGUCAACCUUGAAGCCUGUGGAGCAGGCGGCGCCUUCGAGAGGGCUGGUUUUGGGCGGGCAGCGAGGUAAAGGUGGCCUGGCUGGCAUUCUCUCCCAAAUCAAGGGCAAAGGAACUAAACUGAGCACCCUGGAAAAGUCAAAGAUGGACUGGCAGAAUUUCAAAGCGCAGCAGGGCAUCGAAGAGGAGAUCCAGACGCACAAUCGAGGCAAACAAGGGUUUUUGGAGCGACAGGACUUUUUGCAAAGGGCCGACCUGCGCCGCUUCGAGAUCGAAAAGCAAAUGCGUGCCACAGCCAGGAAGAGCAAUCAUUAAUUCUGAGGCAUUUCAACAGUGGAGUCACUAUCUGCCGUGAUUCUUGGUGAUGUAUUAUUUAUUCCACGUCGGAAAAGCCACAAUUAUUUGGUGAUUUCACGGAACUCACAGAAAUGAAUAUCACAACUACUUUAAAACAUUAUUUUCCAACUAGUUGGAAUCAACAUUUAAACAAAGCAUAAUAAUUGUUUUCUUUCGAGGAAAGAUACCUUGCAGCUUCCGGUGUGAGACUAAAUUCAUUUCAGUGUUAAUCAGCUGAUUAAAAUGCUAAAUUUAGGUUAUAGAUACGAUUGACUGUAAUAUGUAUAGAAUAAGGAAUUACAUUAAAAUCAAGUCAAAACAA